ACCUCGUUUUGAGAACCAAGAUGGCUGCGCCCAUGUGAUUUUUUUCGGCACGCAAAAAAUAUUUAGGGAUACCUCUAAUAUCUCCUUUCUGCGUAACUUGGGAAUACGAGAGUAAAACGAAGAUGUCGUCUUUUAAGAAGGCAGCAAAGGCCCGUCAGAAGGACCACAAGGAAAGGGGCCAGCUUUCGUCUAGGAGUCAUCUUGGUCUACUGGAGAAGAAGAAGGAUUACAAAUUGAGAUCCAAGGAUUACCACAACAAACAGGGUAUUUUGAAGCGGCUGAAGCAGAAGGCCCUGGAACACAAUCCUGAUGAGUUCUACUUCCACAUGAUCAACUCUAGACUCAAGGGAGGAAAACAUGCGGAACUCCAAACCACAGAACGAGCCACACCGGAACAGAAGAAACUCAUGCAGACUCAAGACAUUAGAUAUGUGGACUACAAGUUAUCUGCAGAGGCAAAGAAAGUGGAGAAGUUGCAGUCUGAGCUGCACAUGAUCGGACACAGAGCCAAGAACAAACACACCUUCUUCUUAGACUCCAAGGAAGAAGUGAAAGACUUUGAUCUUGCCAAACACCUGGGUACAACCAAAGAGCUGGCCUCACGAACCUUCAACAGGCCCAGGACAGAAACCCUGCAGUCACACAGGGUGGCUGGAGCACAGGAUUUACAGGAGGUGGCCAAAGACAGAGAACAGAACUACAGUGAGCUACAGCAGAGGAUGGCAAGGGAAAAACAACUACACAUCAUCCGACAGAAAAUGGACAUCAAGAAAAACUUGAUGAACAAGGGGAAGUCAGCCAGGAAAAUGGUUACCAAGGAGACGCCCGAAGCACCAGCUGUCUACAAGUGGAGACAGAGGAGGAAAAGAUGAGGGGAGUCCUUUAAAUGGCAGCAAAACUGGAAGUCAAUUUUCGAAGUCAAUUUUCCAGUGACUGUCAUUCUUUUGAUGUUGGUUGAAUCAUUCCUAUCCCAUGGCAUGUACUGAUAUCUGUGAGGCAAAAAUGUCAUGUUAUUGACAGUUACGCUGCUUGUUUUGUAUCAUUGGCUGGUUCUAGCUAUUUAUUGGUGGUACCCCAAAAUAAAGGUUGUGUUUUUUUGCUAGAUAAACAAUGAUAAAAAUGUCCUCAGAAUUAGCAGUAAAGGUCAAUAGCAGACAGAUUUCCUCAUGUAGAAUAUUAUGGAAUCAUAUUUAUAAUAUUAUAGUCCAUGUUCAAAUUGGUCGGGAGAUGGAGUGAAAUAUGCUGUAUUUGCUCCCAUGCAAAUGCCGGCCUUUCUUGUUCAAUGUAACAUUAUAUGUCGUAUGUAAUGGCUUAUGUCAAAGUCAACUCACAUUGGGACACCCUGCAAGAGCUGUUAUUAUUGUACGUAUAGUGUCAGAUUUCUGUUGUCAGUUUUUGUAUUAGCACAUGCGACAUCCACUUUUGUCUGGGUACCUUUUACGUUUUGACCAACAAAAGUUGCAGUUGACCUUUAUCCUUUUAUGAAAAAUAGCCAACAUAUUUUACCUCUUAGAUCUGUCUCUAUAUCCAUUCAAGGACAACAUCUGUUCCAUGUAACAUUGUUAUGGUAACAUUCAGUUUAUUUUGUAUGAUUAUGUUAUGUAAAAACAUAUUGUGCUUCCCUGUAUCCUAACUACAUGUAGACAAUUUAAUAGAACGGAUAGUUUGUAAGUUUAGAAAUAGAAGGGUUGAAGAACCUUGUACAUAAUAAAGGAUUUCAAAAUCUGAACGGUCCCCAACAUUACUGGACAGUCCCUCUACAUGUCCUUGCCUUCUACUAUUAUGUACAUUGUACUUGUGGAACUCUCCAGACUUGGAUCUAUGCCAAACAACGCCCAGUCACAGAUAUAGGUCAGGGCGACGACCAAAACAACUUAGGGCUGUGUACCUAAUACCCGUGUCUGUACCUGUACCUGAAAAUUAUUAA